CGCUCUCCUACAAUAGUCUAUUCACGUGACUAAGAUUGCUCCCGGAAGAGGAAACCGUGUGACCGGAAGUUCUCGGUCGUCCUGAGUUUGGCAUUGAGGAGACAAGCAAAUAAACCAUGGGGGUGCACUUUGGAGACCUCGCUAAGGUGCGACACGUCAUCACUUUCACCUUAUCUCCUUUUGAGCAGAGGGCAUUUGCCCAUGUUCUUUCAAAAGGCUUUCCCAAUGUUUUGCGGAGGUGUGCAUCAAGCUUCCUGACAGUGGUGCCACCCUUUGCUCUGGCAUACAUAACCUAUGACUGGGGGACAAGAGAGCAUGAGCGAUUGAAGAAGAAGGACUCCGCCCUGUUUGAGAACGACCAGUAAAGACAUCUGAACUGGCUCUAUAUCCAUCCUGAACUUUGACUCUUUCCUGCACUCUGUGUGGAAGCAUAUUUAUUGGGAUGUCUAAUUGUACCUUAAAUACAUUAAAGAUUUUUCACUGUA